ACCGUUCCAACCGUUCGACCUAACCCUUGUAUUCUUUCGGCUUUCGCUAUUUCUGUUAGUUUAUGUGCUGUCAUUCCUUUAAUUAGAAAAUUUCUCAUUCAAACACUUUAUUGGUUCAGCGGUGUUGGAUGCUAACGGCGCCCAAUCCAACUUUCUGUGAAUCAAAUUUUAGUUUCCUCAUUUUUUACAUCAGAGUUUGGUCUUCUUCGUUCCAAUGGAUCUCACUGAAGAACAGAAGAAAUUUCUGAUGGAUGUGGAAGAGGAGUUUUCGAAUCGGUUCACAGAGUCUGACGCUGUUUAUUGGGAAGAACUUACAUCACCUCUUCCUUCUCCUCCGAUCAUGGAACCAUGGUACAAUAAGCAGCGAAGGAGGUUUGACUUCUCAAGAGGACGAGGAAGAGGAAGAGACAAUUUCAAUUUCAAUGGAAGAGGUAGAGACAGGGAUCAAGGCAGUCACAGCAGAUAUGAUAAUCAGAGAGACAGAAGGGACUACAGAAGAGAUGAAAGAAGAAGUGACAGGAGAGACGACAGAAGGGAUGAUAGAAGAGAUGACAGAAGGGAUGAUAGAAGAGAUGACAGAAGAGAUGACAGAAGACGAUAGGAGGGAUGAUCAGAAUGGUGACAAUGGAGCUGCGGGUAGAGAGAGAGAUAGGAAUUUUCGUGGCUCAAGAGAUAACCAUCGGGAUUUAUUUCCGCAAAACCGUCAUUCAUUUUGAUAAGUAUUGCUACUUAAUUUAUUUCUUUUUAAAUCAAUUGUUAAAUUGGUACAAGAAAUGAUUGAGAUUGUAGGGUUAAACCUAAUUAUUAUGGUAAAAUGUAAAAGAAAAAAAAACUUUUUAAAUGGCACUUCCAGUCUCAUUGCUGUCAGCUGUCAAGGACUCUCUUGAAGCUAUAUCAAUAGUCUGUGACACUUGUAUAUUG